AUGGAGUCAACCUUCCCCAUCAUGAUGGACUCGACCGAUCGAUCGGAUCAGACCGACCUCGGAGCGUCUCAGAUGGUAAUCCAGCAGUAUGCACGAUACCCAUCCACGAUGGAAUCAACACUUCGCAGUGCCUCUUCACUUGGAAGCGCUCGCAGCCAGACUGAGGCUAACAAAUCCCCAUCGCUGCAUCGUAAAGAGACUCCCCGGAGCAUUCAAUCUUCUCCAAGGGGGUUCCGCUCCGUUAUUCCCCCGUCCUCGGCAGCUCGUUCCGGGCCCUCCAUGUCUCCUCCAGUCUUCGAUGCCCUCCGUCACCAGCAAUUGAAAGACGCCGCUGACCAGGCUGAAUCCCGGGGUUUGCCUUCACGUGAAAUCACUGACGAAACAAUUGACGAUGCCUAUGUGCUAUUCAUCCUAUAUUGCAAUCCGAAUGUUCCUUCUUCUGUUGAUACCUUGGAUCUUCGACGAACCUUUCGAUGCCCUCCACGCAGUGAUGGCAAAAACUUCAGUGUUUUUACCCUAUUUGAGCUCAUUCGCAAGUUCGAUAAUAAAGAGCUCAAGACAUGGAUUCAAUUAGCGAUUGAACUGGGUGUGGAGCCACCCUCCAUGGAGAAGAAACAAAGCACCCAGAAAGUUCAACACGAUGGAUGCGUGCCAUGCAUGUCGAUGCCUUUUUCGAAUAUUGUCUGGGCCACCAACAUCAGUACUAUACUCAGCUACCCCCCCUUGGGCCCAUAUGUUGGCGAAUCCCGCGAUGGUGUGCCUCUGGAAGAAGAUCUUGCCCUCCGCGCACUUGUACCUCAAUGGAAGCCCAAAAGAGGCAGGAAAAGAGCAGAGGAUAGGGAGCUUGAAGAAGAAAAGACUAUAAAGCGACCCCAGCUAGAUACAUCGGUAGCAGGUCUACAACCUGGAGGCUUUCAGCAGCACUCUGUGACCUUUCCACAGAGCGCCAUACCGUUCAGUGCAUUUCCAAGUGAGGAUCCUUGGAUAACGGCCACCUCAGCAUACCCGCAACCUGGGCAAUCAGAGCAACCCGGACAGGACCUUCGCUGGAGACUUCCGGAGCGGGAAACAUCGCCUGCGGGAUACCCUCAAUCCGCGAUUAUUCCACGAGGAAACCAGCCAUCUGAUUCUGUUGUGUCUGUUGAGCCUCGAUCCGCCAUCACACCAUCUACCAGCGAGAAAAGUCGCUCGCGACGUAGACAUGGACCGGCGGUUUCGUCAGCUUGGUCAAACAGCAACGGUUCAUCUAAUGGUAAAAGUCGAGGCAGGCCACCUAGUAAACCAGCAACAUCCGGCUCAUUUUCCACAUUUCAUGUCAACACCGCACGAGACUCUUCACAUCUCUCAACGAACCCUCUCCACCAACCCUCUUCCCUCGUGCUUAAUCAGAGCUCGUCACAGCCAAUCCCAGGCUCAAGCUUCGACCAAUCACCUACCCCCGCUAAUAAUGGAAGACCAAGCAAGCUUCAGUUGCAGGUUCCUCAGCAUUUCGGGGCCCCAGUACGUCUUGCAACACCGCCAACACUUCUAGUUAAUGGCGUGAACGGGGCAGUCGUACAUGCCAACCAAAUUCACACAUCCGAUUCAGCAGACAAUGAAUCUAUCGAAGAACAAGGGGAUGGCGGUUCUAAAAUAACUGUUGACAGAAUUAUUCAUGUCCUUACAGAUGACCUUAUGCGUGCUCGUCUCACUGGACGAACGGACCCUUUGAAGCUUGGCGAAACUCGCGAAUUGGCUUCAGCCAUAGUAGCCAAUGUUUCUUCUACCUACUCUCAGAUGUCAUUUGACUUUGCAACAUUACACUUGGCCACUCAUCUAGGGGUAGCUCAUCAUUUUGGGGUUUUAGCCCCGCGACCAAUUGUGAUGGCUUUGAAUAUCGACACAUCGCCGCGACGUGGAGAUCUCACCGGCACAAAAUACAGCCUUUCCUUGGAAUACACACCAUCGUUUCAUUUGUCGAUACAUCUCAUACUGGGAGAUCUCCACUUGGGAAAUGUGGCACCCACGGCAUACAAUCAAGCAGCCAACACCGCACAAAGUCAAGAAAAAUCCGUUCCGGAAUAUGACUUGGAAGGUCUUGAUCUAGAAGAGGACAGUUUCGACCCUUCAGCACCAGAGGUCAGCUGGAAAUCACGUUACAUGAAACUGCGGGCACAGAUGCAAAAGAAAGAGCGUGCCUUGUCUCAUUACAAGCGCAAGAUUGUUGAGUCGGUCAUGGCGGACAUUUGA